AAAGUUCAACAUGGCGGUGUCUGAAAUUUGUAAAUAAUGAACAGUCCACGUGGUUUAACAAAUUGUUAAAUAAAUUUACCAAUUUUAGCGAACAAGUAUUAACUGAUUCAGAAUAGCUUUAUUAUAUAAUUAUGGAAGUAAACGUAGGUAAUAUUGUCAUCCCUGGGGAUAGAAUAAUGAUACCUAUGAAUAAUCCCAAAGAAAAAGUUAUUCUUGGACCAGGUAUUCGAAGAGAAGAUGAAAUCAUUUAUGCAUGUAAAGCGGGUAUCUUAAGAAAAAGAGCAGCAAUUUAUUAUGUAGAUAGUUAUCAGAAAAGAUAUGUUCCUAAUCGUGGAGAAAAUGUAGUUGGAGUAGUAACUCAAAAAGUUGGAGAUAUCUUCAAAGUAGAUAUUGGUGCUAGUGAUCCAGCAGCUCUUUCUUACUUAGCAUUUGAAGGUGCAAGUAAAAGGAAUCGUCCAGAUGUGCAAGUGGGUGAUAUCAUUUUUGCAAAGCUUUUAAUUGCUAGUAAAGACAUGGAACCAGAAUUGGUAUGUGUUGAUUCUCAUGGCAAAAAGGGAAAAUUAGGCGUUCUUGGACCAGAUGGAAUGCUUUUCAAUUGUUCUCUAAAUUUAGUUAGGAAAAUUUUGAAUCCUAAUAAUCCGUUUUUUCAAUUAUUCGCAAAAGAACAACCUUACGAAAUUGCUAUUGGAAUGAAUGGCAAAGUUUGGAUUAAUGCAAGGUCUGUAAAAGAAACGAUUGCUUUAGCAAAUGCUAUACUUGCAGUUGAAUUCACACCGACUGAUCAAAUUCAAGCUUUAUGUGAUGAUAUCGCUCAAACUAUGUUCAUUUAUGAUUAAAUUAGUUUAACUGAUAAUAUGAUUAUAUAUGAAUAUUUCAAUUGUGAAUAAUUAAUUAAUA